AUGGUCCUGACGAGUGACAGUAGCGUCGACGAGAUAAAGCGUUUAAACCAGGAACUGGAGGAGCGUCAGUACGAGUUCCGCUCCAACUGCAACGAUGGAGAUGGAGACGCAAGUGCAUGUCACAGUUGGGGCGAGUGGCUGGCGGUCGUUGACAAGAAUUACACAGGCGCAGCCAAAAUUUACGAGCUUAACUGCUCCAAGAAGGGAUAUCCGGCUUCGUGUUUUAACCUCGGACGACUGAAGCUUGCUGGUAAAGGAGUGGAGCAGAAUGAUCUAGAGGCUUUCAAGCUCUUUGAAAAAUCGUGCGCUAUGGGCCACGCUGCUGGUUGUCAUCAUGUGGGUUUCAUGCGCACACAAGGAAUUGGCUGCGAAAAGGACUUUGCUAAAGGCCUUGCCGCUUAUAAAGAAGCGUGCAAGCAUGACGACGGAAACAGCUGCAACCGCGUAGCAAGCAUGUAUCUGUCAUCACGAGCGAACAGUCCCAUUAAGCGCGAUAUUCUGCAGGCGAAGACUUACCUAGAGAAGGCCUGCGAUACCAACUUUGCCCCUGCAUGCCAUAACCUGGCUGUGAUGUACAAGAAGGGUGAUGAAGGGAUCCCGAAGGACGAGAGCAAGUACAACGAGUACCGUGCUAAGACGGAGAAACUCAUCGAGCAGGCGGGUGGCAUGUCAUCGAUCAAGGCGGCUUAA